GCACCGUAGGCGUCUUUCUGUUCUGUCAGGCAGAAUGCCCUACGGUGACGGCGGCGGGGGAGCGCCGCCACAUAAAGAAUUGUCGUGAAAAACCAGCAGGAGAUGUGAAUCUAGUCACAGCUACCGAGCUACACAACAGCAGGCUGAUGCUGCUCUAACCCCCUCUGCAACUGGGCCUCUCAAGCAACGCAAGGAACUCGAGUUGCCACGUCGCUAGAACACCACCUCUCCAGAAAGCAUGGGUGCGACGUUACAUGUCACUGGAGGUGCUCAACCUGUCGGGAGGAAUUUGACGGCUACCGCGCCCGCAACCAUCAAUGCAGUGCGGCCACUGUGGAAGAAGCUGAUCCAACCUCGCCCCAACCAGACCCGAUCAGCUCUCCGACGCCUCUCGGAGAGUCACCUCACAUCUCGGCCGACUCCACAAGAACGGGUUGCUGGCUGACGGACUCGGAAGUCACCUCCAUCUUUGAUGCCUUGGCGGGACAAGACCUGAUCACCACCUGCUCUACGCACCUGGUCUCCGACAUGCCACCGAACUGCUUCCUGGAGGAAAAUUUAGUCGACUUCCAUCACCCCUGUUUCUUGGCACCGGUCAACGUCAUCGACCAACACUGGAUCCUACUAUGGGCCGACCUCACCUCUGGUGCUACGUGCCUGGUCGACCCACUGGAGGCCAACUCUACGCCUGACCACGAACAACUCCUACGGAGACUUCUCCCCAGGCUUCAGACCUGGGCAGACCUCAGUGGCUUCGUCUUCCCCCUGCACCAGACAAAUCCACCGCCGCACCAACUGCAGCCUAACAGCCAUGACUGCGGAGCCUUUGUCGCGGUCUACGCAGAGAGGAUUGCCGGCAAUCUACCGCUGGCUCUCAUAUCCACAGAGGAGAUCUGCGACGUACGCAUCAGGAUGCAUGCUCAUCUAGAGACACCGCCGGGCACGCCUGCCCUGCUGGAUGAGUUGCCUCCUGACACAAUGGAGCUCCCAUUGCCUGCCGCGCUGGACCAGUCACCGGUCCCUCCAGACUGGUCCCCACCUCCACAUCCAGUGGCGGCCGUGGUGGAAACACAACCUUCCCUGACAGAUCCGGUGGGCGAGGACGGCGCUCUGCACGGGCCGCAGUCCUGCUGCGAGUUCUGGUCGGCGCGAUUCGAUGCAUGCGCCUCCCUAGAGGACUUAGAAAGAGACAUUGGUGAACUCUCCAGUGCCUGGCUGGACCGGACCAGGCGCCACCUAAAGGAGCAGGACCCUGGGCCCACUAGAGUAGCACGCCCCCAACAGGGGCAGACACGCCGACCACCGUUUAUGGUUCCUCCGGUCUACGUAUGAGAGGCCAGCGUUGUCCCCAGCGGCUUUAGACCAUGCUCUGCGCGCAUUCGACUUGUGCGCCUGGACGGCGCCAUCCCGGGAACAGCUAGAUCUCCUGAGUGGACCGCCGACCCGCCACGAAAUAGCCGCCCGUAUGAAGCGGGCCUCCAAUACAGCACCAGGAGCAGACCGCCUGGAGUACAGGCACCUCCGCACAGUGGACCGGCAAGGUAUCCUCAUGGAGAGGAUCCUGAGUGCCGUCCACCGACUAGGGAUCCCCGCCGCCUGGAAGGAGAGCAGAACGAUCCACAUACAUA